CACGCGUAUUUCUAUUUUCCUUCCAUGGAAACGGCUGCGCAUCAUCGACCCAUUCCGUGCACGUUACCAAUAGCCGACCAUCGUAGACCAAAGCCACAAAAUGUCCGAGCCCAUGUUGGCUCGCUCAUGAGACGAGCCUCUGAUCUGACCCUGCGACGAGUCUCUGCCAACAUCUUCAACAAUCGGCUCCAAGAUCCACGACGACCCUUUUGCGCUCACGCCCACAAGGCCAUGGCCGACGAGGUAACAAGCAAGACUCCACCAGACCCAGGCGCCGUCAAGAACAAGAAGGAAUCGGAAGAAGAAUCGAAGCAGAAAUUGCCUCCGCCGCCGGAGAAGCCCUUACCAGGGGAUUGUUGUGGCAGUGGGUGCGUGCGGUGCGUGUGGGACAUGUACUAUGAGGAGCUCGAGGAGUACAACAAGCUUUGCGAAAGUGAUUCCAAGCCUCAAUCCGCGUCCUCUUGAAGUUCAUCGCUAUGUAUUUUGAUUAGCUUGAUUUUGUGUUUCUUGGAAUUGCAUACAGAUUUUUCAAUUCUUGUGCUUUUAUUCGAUUAUGGUUUAUCAGUGAAAUGGGAUCGAUUGUCUUUCC